GUAUGUGUGUGUGUGUGUGUAUGUGUGUGUGUAUGUGUUUGUGUGUGUGUGUGCGUGAGUGAGAUAGAGAAAGAGAGAGAGAGAGAGAAUUGUCGAUCGGCACUGGUUCUUCCAGGUGGUGUACAGAAGACCCGGCAAGGCGAUUCUUCCGACAGAAAUCUUCCUAUACCCCCACUUCUUCUUUUCCGGAUGCACCCAUGAGAGAUCCAGUUUUAGCGGCGACCAGUAUGGCUUAUCAUCCGUUUCACGCUCACCGAGCCGCGGAUUUCCCAAUGAACGCGUUCCUGGCUGCUCAGCCGUCUUUCUUCCCCGCUCUGGCGCUGCCACCGAGCGGAGCGGCUGCUCUCUCGCUACCCGGAGCUUUGGGCAAACCCUUGACGGACUCGAGUAUGGCAGAGGCCGGGAUCCACGUUUCGGCUCUCGGGCAUCAGUCGACACACCUGCGGCCCCUCAAGAGCCUGGAGCCGGAGGACGAGGUCGAGGACGAUCCUAAAGUGAACCUGGAAGCGAAAGAUUUGUGGGACCAGUUUCACAAAGUGGGCACCGAAAUGGUGAUUACGAAGUCUGGGAGGAGGAUGUUCCCCCCGUUUAAAGUGCGGGUCAACGGUUUGGAUAAAAAGGCGAAAUAUAUUUUGCUGAUGGACAUUGUGGCCGCCGAUGACUGCCGCUACAAAUUUCACAACUCGCGUUGGAUGGUAGCCGGGAAGGCCGACCCCGAGAUGCCAAAGCGGAUGUAUAUUCAUCCUGAUAGUCCAGCCACAGGCGAACAAUGGAUGGCCAAAGCGGUCACGUUUCACAAACUGAAACUCACCAACAACAUAUCUGACAAGCAUGGAUUCGUAAGUGUUGCUACAAUCCUGAACUCCAUGCACAAAUACCAGCCCAGAUUCCACGUGGUCCGCGCGAACGAUAUUCUUAAACUGCCCUACAGCACUUUCCGAACUUACGUGUUCCCAGAGACGGAGUUCAUUGCGGUCACAGCCUAUCAGAAUGAUAAGAUAACGCAGCUUAAGAUUGACAACAACCCUUUUGCGAAAGGAUUCAGAGACACUGGGAACGGGAGAAGAGAAAAAAGAAAACAACUCUCGCUCCCCUCUUUGCGCGUGUACGAGGAUCAGUGUAAAGGCGAUCGAGAUGGCGGAGAUUCUGAUGCCUCCUCCAGCGACCAGCCCCCAGCCAGGGAGACCCUCCGUUCGCCCUUGCCUCUAGACCCCAUUUCUCUCCAUUUCGGUCAAACUCCUAAAGAUGACAAGUCAGGAGCCGACAGUGAGCCGGAGCUGGAGAGGCACCGGGAGCUUCCGGGAGCAGUCACCUGCAGUCCGCGGGUGGGGGUCUCCAGGGCGGGCUCCCCGCCGGCGGGGGAGGCUGUUGCAGACUCCUCUCACCGGCAGAAACAGGGAUUGGCGGCUGAGAAGAGGGAGCCGCUGGAAUCGCGCAGGGACAGUGACACGUGCUUCAGUCACAGGGAGAAAGGAGACGGGCGAAGAAAGGAUGACUCCAAGAAAGACGGCGAAUGUUUGAGUAAAGAGAGCUAUUCGCCGUUGGUAAUCCAAACGGACGGACCUUCGCAUCUUAACGCCGGACAUAUGCAAAGCUUGGCUUUCUCGGGGUUGCACAGCCAGCAGUUUUUUAACCCUUUAAACGUUGGACAGCCUCUCUUUAUCCAUCCCGGGCAGUUUGCAGUCGCCCCGGGAGCUUUCUCGGCCAUGGCCACCGGCAUGGGACAUUUAUUAGCUUCGGUGUCGGGAGCUGGGAGCUUGGAGAACGCGAGUAUAUCCUCAGCCCAGGCCUCGGCUGGAACCGCCCCGCACUUCCCUUUCCACCUCUCUCAACACGUUUUGGCUUCUCAGGGGAUCCCAAUGACCACAUUCGGAGGCCUUUUCCCUUACCCUUACACGUACAUGGCCGCUGCUGCCGCAGCCGCCGCCUUGCCCAACAGUUCCGGAGCGCCGUCCUCUCUCCACCGGCAUCCGUUCCUUAGUGGCGGACGACCCCGGCUUCGAUUCAACCCUUACCCCAUCCCUGUGUCUAUCCCGGCCAGCACCAACCUGCUCACCACCGCCAUGCCCUCGGCUCUGGGCGGCUCCGACACGAAGCUGUGCAGCCGAGAGUCCAGCCCCGUUUCUUCCAGCCUGGCCUCGGAACUCAACCACAAGAGCAACGGCGGCAGUUUAAGGACUGUGGGCAGCGCCCCCUCCCCGAAACCGUCCUCUAAGGACGCUAUCAACGAACUCCAGAACAUCCAGAGGUUAGUCAGCGGUCUGGACAGCAACCGGGAGACACCUCCGGCUCGGGAUUCUCCCAAAUGAGUCCUUCGACACAUCCCAGGGUAUCGGCGCUGAUAGCACACGCAAAAGAAAAAUUACAACCCCUGUGCAAAUAUCCGACCGAGUAGGGCGUGCGGUCUUGGUGCGGUCCAGGGAUUAGAAGCACCCAGUGUCCGGACUGAAAGAGCUGCCCCCACAGAGUGACGGCGGCGCGCUGUUGACUGUGUAAACUGGGAUAAAGGAACGACCACUUCGCUAAAAGUAGCGCAUACCAGAAAUGUAUCCUCACACGAGAAAAAUAAAGGAUCGUUGCUAUUUAUGUAAUUAAUUAGUAAUUUUUUUGUAAAUAUACUAUGGAUGGCAGAAUAUGCAAAAUCGGUAUUAAUUUAUUCACCAUUUGUAAAUUCGCGUGUACAUAUAUAUUAGAGUAUAAUUCUGUGCAUUUUAAUGGUUUUUUUUGUUUCGUUUUACACACAAACAUCACAAUAUAUUGUAAAUGAAAAUAUAUAGCGCGUUGGGAAGUGUGUGCCAGAGAAUGGAUGAGUUUCUAAUUGUGUGUUAUCAUAGAGGGUUAUUCCGUCUGCUUUAGUGGAAACGGUUUUAAAACGUGCCAUCCAUUACUUCAUUGCUAUUCCAGUGUUACCUGUUAAACAUUAACGGCGUUAUGUACUGUACAAUAUGACAGAUUUAAAGGAAUUUAAGAUAAUUCUGUACUCCUGUGCUAGCGGGGUAUAUACCAAGUGCCGCUUGGCCGGCCACCUCAGGUUUGGUUCAACUCCAGGUGCGGAGACUCAGUGGACUGGCUCUCCCAUCGGGCUCAUGCGAAGCGGCUUAAAUAAAAAAAAAUUGUAUCUCAAA